CAAAGAGGAAGAAGUCAAAAGACACUUUUAGGAGCGUUGUAACACGUGGACCUUUGGGUUAAAGAGUCGGAUCGUUCCUGAUUCUCUCUUGCACCGCAGCAUCAGUGUGUAUUAUGUCUGUUUGUUACCUUAAACGUUGCCUAAAUGCUCGGCACACAUAAUUAAAUCCAUGUUUAAUAUGUGGAACUGAGGGGACUGUGCUUAAACCCCCCAAACAAGUGGGGAAAACGUGUCUACUGUCCAAAACUAUGGAAAGUCACAAGACUUUCAGACCGAGUUUACAGACUGGAUGGAAACUCUUCAGUGAAUCGCUGCUUCUGUGCCUGUUUGCCGGUCGCGGAGAGGCGCAGUGCAGCGGCUGUGUGGAGUACUGCUGUGAUGGAGAGCCUCCGUUCUGCUGCUCGUACUACGCCUACGUGGGGGACGUACUCUCCGGGACGGCGAUUUCGGGGAUCGUGUUCGGCGUGGUCUUUCUGAUGGGGGCGGUGGCGGCCAUAUUUCUGUGCAUCUGCAUGUGCGUGAAGAACAGCCACGGAGCGAGAGUGGGGGUCUUCAGGACGUCGUACGUCAACACGGUGGCUCAGGGCUACCCAGGUCCGCCGCCCCCUUACAGCUUCGACUACGAGAUGUACCCCACCGACCUCCGACCCCCUCCGUACACCCCGACCCCGCCCAGGACGGCAAACUACUCCCCGCCUCCGCCCUACCCGGGCUACAAUCAGAAAUGAACUGCGUUCCUGCGGCGCGCGGGACCGCCAAGUCUUUUGUCGUAUCUCGGGGGGGGGGGGGUGGAGUGGAGUAUCACCCCCCACGAACGCCGAUUCCUGGUUCUUAUAGACACUUGAAAGGACGUGCGAGUGGCGCGUGGCUGCUCGUGUACGUUUCGGGAUAAGACUUGAAGAGCAUUUUGAAUGUCAUUGUCUGUUGUUUGCUUACAGGAUCAUUAUUGAUGUUGAUGAUGAAGAUUAAAGCCAUAAAGUCAGUGUGUGAUUAAAGAAUUAUAAAUUAAAAUGUAUUAAUUAAA